AUGCCUUCCGAUCAAGCUUUCUUCCAUUACUCCGUUAUCUCUUACUUCCUCAUCGCACCACCCACCUUCAUCUCCUGCCAGUUCACGACCGCCCCUUACGGCAAGCACCACCGGAAGGGAUGGGGUCCCACCAUCUCCCCACCAUUAGCCUGGUUCCUCAUGGAAAGCCCCACCCUAUGGUUCACACUCCUCCUCUUCCCACUGGGCCAACACCGUUCUGAUCCAAAAUCCAUCAUCCUCAUUUCACCUUUCAUCUUCCACUACUUCCACCGCACUAUCAUCUACCCUCUCCGCCUCCGCCGCAAACUCUCAAAUGGGUAUCCGAUCAGUGUCGCUCUCAUGGCCUUCACAUUCAACCUCUUCAAUUCUUACUUGCAGACCAGAUGGGUGUCCGAAUACGCAGAUUACCGGACCGAUGAGUGGUUCUGGUGGCGAUUUUGCGUUGGAUUGGCGGUUUUCUUGGGUGGUAUGGCGGUGAAUGUGAAGUCAGAUAUGGAAUUGAUGAAAUUGAAGAGUGCCGGCGGUGGGUAUAAGAUUCCGAGAGGCGGUUUCUUUGAACUUGUGAGCUGCCCAAAUUACUCCGGUGAGAUAGUAGAGUGGUUGGGUUGGGGAUUGAUGACCGGGUCAUGGGUCGGGUUAGGGUUUUUCGUAUACACGUGUGCCAACUUGGUGCCGAGGGCACGUGCGAAUCACAAGUGGUAUAUGGGAAAAUUUGGUGAAGAUUAUCCCAAAGGGAGGAAGGCUGUAAUCCCAUUUGUGUAUUGA